AUGGCUGGUACUUUCUUAUUCACUUCUGAAUCCGUCGGUGAAGGUCACCCAGAUAAGAUCUGUGACCAAGUCUCUGAUGCUAUCCUAGACGCCUGUUUGGAGCAAGAUCCGCACUCCAGAGUCGCCUGUGAAACCGCUGCCAAGACUGGUAUGAUCUUGGUCUUCGGUGAAAUCACCACCAAGGCCACCAUUGACUACCAAAAAAUUGUCAGAGACACCAUCAAGAGAAUCGGUUACGACUCCUCUGACAAAGGUUUCGAUUACAAGACCUGUAACGUUCUUGUCGCCAUCGAACAACAAUCCCCAGAUAUCGCCCAAGGUGUCCAUGAGGAAAAAGCCAUCGAAGACAUCGGUGCCGGUGACCAAGGUAUUAUGUUCGGUUACGCCACAGACGAAACCCCAGAAGGUUUACCAUUAACCAUCCUUUUAGCUCACAGAUUGAACAUGGCUAUGGCUGAUGCCAGAAGACACGGUAAUUUAGACUGGUUGAGACCAGACACCAAGACCCAAGUCACCAUCGAGUAUAAGGAAGAUCACGGCAGAUGGAUCCCAUUAAGAAUCGAUACCAUCGUUGUCUCCGCUCAACACGCCGAAUAUAUCUCCACCGAAGAACUAAGAAAGUUGAUAAAGUCUGAAAUCAUUGAAAAAGUUUGUCCAGCUGAAUUAUUAGAUGAAAAUACUAAGUAUUUCAUUCAACCAUCCGGUAGAUUCGUUAUCGGUGGUCCUCAAGGUGACGCUGGUUUAACCGGUAGAAAGAUCAUUGUCGACGCUUACGGUGGUGCCUCUGCCGUCGGUGGUGGUGCCUUCUCCGGUAAAGAUUACUCCAAAGUCGACCGUUCAGCUGCUUACGCCGCUAGAUGGGUCGCCAAAUCCUUGAUCGCCGCUGGCUUAUGUAAGAGAGUCUCUGUUCAAUUUUCUUAUGCUAUCGGUGUUGCUGAGCCCUUAUCUAUACACGUUGACACCUACGGUACUGCCGAAAAGUCUGAUGAAGAAAUUAUUGACAUUAUCAGAAAGAACUUCGAUUUGAGACCAGGUAUCUUAGUCAAGGAAUUAGAUUUGGCUAGACCAAUCUACUUGCCAACUGCUUCCUACGGUCACUUCACUAACCAAGAUUACCCAUGGGAAAAACCAAAGACUUUAAAGUUUUAA